AUGUCUAGGUCUCGAGCCACAAGAACUAGGAUUUAUGUCGAGAAUCCACCUCGGAACAAUUCUUGGCAUCAGCAACAGUGGACUGUAAGUUUCGCUGAAGAAAGUUAUCAAACCAAUAGUCAGGAUAUGAGUAGGUUGGUUAGCGUGUACAACACUGAACCUUGCUAUUACGGAAACUACUUGAACAAUGGUCCCAACCUUCGAGAACAUUUGAACCAGAAACAGGGGCAAUUCAACCAGCAUAACCUGGACUUGAGGCCACACCUGAAUGCUCAACGAGGAGAUGCCAUAUCGCAAGAAUACGAGAAUAAUUAUAACUCGAUAUUGCAACAGGGAGUUGGAGUUCCACAGAACAAAAACCAACCCCGAAUGGUACAAAUUGCUCCACUCAAUGAUCCUGUUCAGGAUCAGAUUAAUCGUCUCGAAGAAGAGUUUAGGCUCCUCCAAGAAGAGAAAAAUAAGGUUAAAACUUAUGAUUCGAACGAGGAGCUCAAACCGUUCGCCCCACACAUUUCGAGCACACCAUUCCCUGUGGGAUUUAAAAUGUUGGUAACUGGUUUACCAUGUGAGCAGCGAAAUGCACAAGGUGGGGUGAAGGAGUUUGAUGCUAAAUGGAUUGGUUGGGCUGGUGUAAAUGUGCUUGAUGAGACUGGACAAAUUGCACUAACCAAAGCUUUAGCUGAAAAGGUUCAAAUAGCUACUUGUCAUUAUGCUUCCAGUUUCCAUACAUACGAUUAUGCAAGGCAUUUUGUGAGUGCUUGUACUCGUAUACUUGGGCUAGAGGGUACACCUGAAGGAGUAGAGGACCAAGGAAAGCUUACUCGUGUUGCAGCGUUUCCAAUUGGCAUAGACUCUGACCGGUUUGUUCGAGCUUUGGAAAUUCCUCAAGUCAAGGAACACAUGAAAGAACUGAAAGAGAGAUUUGCUGGUCGGAAGGUGAUGCUGGGGGUUGAUCGUCUUGACAUGAUCAAAGGAAUUCCACAAAAGAUUUUGGCUUUCGAAAAAUUCCUAGAGGAAAAUCCAAGCUGGCGUGAUAAAGUAGUUUUACUUCAAAUUGCCGUGCCAACCAGAACAGAUGUUCCAGAAUAUCAAAAGCUUACAAGCCAAGUUCAUGAGAUUGUGGGACGCAUUAAUGGGAGAUUUGGAACUCUUACUGUUGUUCCCAUACACCAUUUGGACCGAUCUCUUGACUUUCAUGAAUUGUGCGCUCUGUAUGUUGUUACUAAUGUUGCACUUGUUACUUCUCUUAGAGAUGGAAUGAAUCUUGUGAGUUAUGAGUUUGUUGCUUGCCAAGCAUCCAAGAAAGGAGUCCUCAUUCUGAGUGAGUUUGCAGGUGCAGCACAAUCGCUCGGUGCUGGUGCCAUUUUAGUAAAUCCAUGGAAUAUCACAGAAGUUGCUGCUUCCAUUGCUUAUGCUUUGAAUAUGCCAGCUGAUGAAAGAGAAAAGAGACACCAGCAUAAUUUCAUGCAUGUAACAACUCAUACAUCUCAAGAAUGGGCUGCAACCUUUGUUAGUGAACUUAAUGAUACUAUUGUGGAAGCUCAACUGAGGACUAGGCAAGUUCCACCUCUACUUCCUAUGAAAGAAGCUGUUGAUCACUAUUUGGAAUCCAAUAAUAGAUUGCUUAUACUGAUGGAAUAACAAAUAUACUGGUAGAAAUGAAUGUUUUAGCACCACAUGCUUUUGUUUCAUAAGUUUGGUUUACCCACAUCGUGAAAAUAUUGUGGGUAAUCAACCAACUUAUGAAGAGUUAGUUGAACGACUUAAUGAUACAACUUCCCGCCUUAAUGCUACUAACGAACAACUUAGUGUAGUUGUGGAUAUACUUCGUCAUAACAAUUUGAUGGCACCGCCUCCACCACCUCCAACAGACCAAGCUUCAUAUGCAAAUUUAAGAGAGUCGCCAUCUAUUUCAGUUCGGGAGUCACAAGAUGAUUCUUAGUUUAUUUACAUUAAUUUACUAAGGAAUGAACUUUAUGAAUUUUUUUUUAUUUUGGUAGGGGUAACCUUAAAAUGAUAACUUUAUGAUUUAUUUUAGUAUUGAACAUUAUAAAGAAUUUUAGCAUUAAACAUUUUAUUAUUGAAUGGUUUUUUUCUA